UAAUUCUCCGGGCCGAGAUGAAGCUAAGAGCCUUUGCCACCACACUCUUCGCUGCACUGAUUGCUUGUGCUAGUGCGACCGUCGAUCAUGACAAGAUCGAACCUAUUCCUCAACCCGAGCCUGUCACGAUCUCUCAAAAGGCCGCCAUCAAGUUCAAGCCGCAGCUGUAUACUUCGGAAAUCGCUUGUGUGUCUUUUCCUGCCGUAAAUGCUGCUGGAGAAGUUACAGGCGGGCUCAAGGGGACAAAUGGGAACGACGCCUGUAAAUAUGCGCCCAAGGGCUCGCAAGUCUACGGUCGAGCUGGAUGGUACAAGGACCUGUGGGCCAUUAUGUACGCGUGGUACUUUCCGAAAGGCUUUUGGAUGGAUUUUCCCACGAGACGCCAUGACUGGAAGAACGUUGUUGUAUGGAUUGACAACCCCGACUUGGAGACACCUAAGAUUGUCGGAGUCUCCAUGUCCAAGUCCGACAAAAAGUACUUCAAGGAAACUAAAAUUUGGGCUUCCAAUUUUGCUGGUUAUCGAAUGGAGGGGCGAAGAUAUCAUCGCACUUACAUUUACGGCUCCAACACGUCUCUCCGCUUCCAAUAUCAGACAACCUUGGGCUCUCCGUAUAUGAAUUUCGCCCGGUGGGACGGCGAGUACCAGGACUUGAUCAUGUGGGAACAACUCACGGACGUAGUUCGUGUGGCUUUGAACGACAGCAAAAACUUUGGAAAAGCGGAGGUCCCUUUUAGUGACGAACACUUCGAGGACCACCUCGACAAGGCGUGGCCGCUCUGAUGGAAGCUAUCAAGUCAUGAACGGUUGGGUUGAGCAUAAUGUCUGGUGUUGCAUCAUCUAAUAUACCGCUACCUUCGAAAAUGGAUUACAAAGGAAACUGGUAGCCAAGGGAAAUGGAGUCUCUGCGAUCCC